AUGAGCUGUGGCUCCAAGCAGCCCUCCAAGAGCUGCCUGCGCAGCAGCGGCGGCGGCGCCGGCUCCUCCCGGAGGAUGAGCGCAGGCUGCUACGGAGGGGGGAUGAGCGGUGGUGGCUACGGAGCGGGAAUGGGCUCCGCUGCCGCGGGAGGAGGCUUUGGAGCAGGCGGCAGUGGCUUUGGUGGUGGUUAUGGAGGCAGCUUUGGUGGAGGCCAGGGUGGUUUCAGCGGCGGUGGCUUCGGUGGAGGGAGCUUGGGGCUCCUCUCCAGCGACGAGAAGCUGACCAUGCAGAACCUCAAUGACCGCCUGGCUUCCUACAUGGAUACGGUCAGAAAUUUAGAAAGGGAAAAUGCUCAGCUUGAGCAGUUAAUCAGGGAGUGGUACCAGAAGCAAGGUCCUACUGGUACCAAGGACUACAGCCACUACUACGAAACCAUUGAAGGCCUUCAGAAUCAGCUUGUGACCGCAGCCGUGGAAACUAACAGGAUCCUUCUGGACCUGGAUAACACUCGCAUGACCGCCGAAGACUUCAGGAUGAAGUACGAGACGGAGUCGGGUCUGCGGCAGAGCGUGGAGGCCGAUAUUAAUGCGCUGCGGCCCAUGCUGGACAACCUGACCCUGGGCAAGUCUGACCUGGAAAUGCAGUUUGAGUCCCUCAAGGAGGAGCUGAUCGGCCUCAAGAAGGACCAUGAGGAGGAAAUGAGAUCAUUGCAAGCACAGUCCGGUGGUGACGUGAACGUGGAAGUCAAUGCUGCUCCGGGAGAGGAUCUCCUGAAAAAACUGAAUGAUAUGAGACAAGAAUAUGAAAGAGUUAUCCAGAAAAACCGCGAAGAGGUUGAAAGUUGGUACGAAAGCAAGAUCGAGGAGGUGAGUCAACAAGUCCACUCAAGUGGCCAGGAGAUACAGUCAAGCAACCAGCAGGUCUCUGAGCUGCGCCGGCAAUACCAGAGCCUGGAGAUCGAGCUGCAGUCGCAGCUCAGCAUGGUGGACUCUCUGCAGUCCAACCUGGAGGACACCGAGCGCCGCUACAACCUGCAGCUGCAGCAGAUCCAGGCCAUGAUCGGCCCCUUGGAGGAGGAGCUGGCCAGCAUCCGCUGCGAGAUGGAGAGCCAGAACGAGGAGUACAAGAUGCUGCUGGGCAUCAAGACCCGCCUGGAGCAGGAGAUCGCGCAGUACCGGGCCCUGCUGCACGAGGGACAGCAGAAUAUCACCAGCUCAGGAGAAGGAGUUGGUGGCGGCUCUGCCAGAGGAGGAAGCCAUGGAGGAACCGGCGGCUCUUCUGGAAAAGGAAGCCACGGAGGAGGAAGCAGUUGGUGCUGGGGUAGAGGAAGCAGCGGGAAAAGAUCCGUGGAGGAAAGCCAUGGAAGCGGAGGAGAGAGCGGAGCAAGAAGUGGCGGGGGCGGCGGCAGCGCCGGGGGGGGACGGGGCAAGCCCUGCCUCUCCCACUCCUCAUCUUCCGGCAGCUCCGGCGAAAACCAAGGAGGCUCCUCGAAGCUCUGCCUGGAAGGGAAUACACUGGAUAGAGGAGCAACAAUGGAAGAAGUGACUGAAGCCAUAAAAACCAUGAAGUCGGGGAGUUUUAGGAAGUCGGAGAAGUGA